UCACCUCUGCGAAAGGAAAGUAGAAACGGUCUUGCUGAUCAGAGAGAUAGUGGGAAAAGAAGAAGUAAGUGAAGGAAGCAAGCUGUCUUUGUAGGGAUCCACAAGGCGUUGUGUUGGCUACCGUAUUUCAGACUGAACAGAGAGAGGGAUGGACUCUUCGGAUAAGGAGAUUCAAGCAAAAGGCCGCUCGCAAUCAGAUGAGGAUACUUGUAAGGAGUCUCCCUCUGAUGAUGACGAUGUUGUGCCUCGGGUCCAUAAUGAUGACACCCUUCUGAGUGCCGCCUCUGAAGGAGAUGACGCUGAAGCUGGUACCGGUACCACUCAAGAACCCACUGAGACAGACGCUCGCGGGAAAGUAACCUGCCUUGCUGGAUAUUCUGUAAUGUACGGAGCCAUCUUUGUUCUUAUUGCUACCGUAUUGAUUCUACCGUUGGUAAUAUCAAAAGAGGGUUCCGAAAAUAAGGCUCCAUCGUCGACGCUGCCCCUGGCAUCAGCGAGGCCAACCGGGGGACUCUCCCUCCCCGCACCACACAAUGAGGUUUCUUCAUCCAACGCACCCCUAACAGUGCAAGCAAGUCCCACGCCACCUACGAAUCCUGAAGGGUGGACCAAGUCUCCGACAGCCUCCCCAACAGCGACCAACACCCCAACGACGGAUGCUCCAACCUUUUCAGCUCCAACUACUCUGGCACAGGCGACAGUACCACCGAUCAAAGAAGGAGAAUCCAGACUACCCUCUUCGAGUCCAUCAUUGAAUCCUUCCACGAGACCUGAACCUACCGAAACUCCAUCUGCUCCCCCUCAGCCUCCUGUCCCUGUGACGGUCUCUGCAUCCGCAAAGAUAACCCCAAAGCCAACAGAAGCCACACCAAUUCCUUCUUUCAUGCCAACUGCAACGCCAACCAAGAAACCUGCCUCAUCGCGCCCCUCGUCGUAUCCGAGUCUGGAACCUGUCGACCUCUUCAGCACGCCUCUCUUCAACUAUCUAGUUGUACUGGGUACCCCUGAGGAAUUAUUGUCGGAUCCUUCCACGGCGCAAGGAAGGGCGUUUCUGUGGCUCAUGCAACCAGAAGUUGAACAAAUCAGCGUGUUCAGGGUUCCACAGCGCUAUGCUUUGGUUGCACUAGAUUUUGCUCUCCAUGAUGACGACGACGAUGAUGAUGACGACCAAAAAAGCGAUGAACCAAACAGCAGAGUGGCCAACGGGGAACAAGCUGCUCCAAGACGAUGGCGAACAUACGACAAGGACAUGUGCGAUUGGGAAGGAGUCACUUGUGAUUCACGCAAAGAAGUUGUAGCCAUCAAGUGGUCAGGUCAAGGGUUGCGUGGAAAGCUCAUCAAUGAGAUAUCCAUGCUGCAGAAACUUCAAACGGUGGAUCUUGCUCAGAAUCAUAUCACGGGGAAGAUCGAUCCAUUCUGGGAUCUACCACAUCUGAAAGAGCUUUUCCUCUUUGAGAAUCGUUUUUCGGGCACAGUGCCGGAGCGGCCAGCACCUGAAAAGCUGGACCGUGUCUAUUUGGGAAAAAAUCGUUUGGAAGGGGGUUUCCCGUUGGCGUUCACAACUGCCACUGGCGGAGGGCCGAAAGAUCUACGAUAUCUUAUCCUCCAUCACAACAGAUUCAACGGGACCCUGCCAGAGCGACUUCGCUUGCGGAGCCUAUACUAUCUAGACAUCUCCGACAACGCAUUCGAAGGGUCAAUUGCCGGCAUUGACUGGCCACAGAUGUUGCCUGCACUUCGAAUCAUGUACCUUGAAAACAAUAAGUUCUCUGGUGAGCUACCACAAGACUUCCCCCAAGUGGGAGGCGGCAACGUAAAACAACUCUUCCUUCAAGGCAAUAAUUUUACGGGGAGCUUUCCAUCUUGGGGCUGGUCAGACUAUCAUUUGACCAACAUGAACAUUGCUCAUAACAACUUCGAUGAGAUUCGAGACCUGUGCGGUUUGGGUGUAUUUGAAAGCGGCGAAUUGGUGGAACUGAGAGCGGAUUGCAACGUCUGCACCUGUGAUACUCUGUGUCACACAUGCGUCAACAAGACUGAAGAGGGCAAGCCAGUUUAGAUUUCUUUUUAAAAGUCCACAGCGCGCUUUUCCCUUCUGGGCACGAUGUCGACAACUUCAUACUAAUCUAUAGACUACGACUGUAUGACAAAACGUCUGAAAGUGUGCAUAGCAAAACAUCAAGG